GCUCUAAAUGACUAUAGUUUUAUUUGGAAUUUGGGAGAAAUGUUGUCCGUAGUUUAUAGAAUAAAACAACAAUGUUUAUUUUACUCAAACAUAUACCUAUAAAUAGCAAAAUCAGAGAAACUGAUUUAGAAACUGAAGUGUUCUCUUAUUUUUUUCCAGAGCUGUAUGAGUAGUAUUAGCAUAACUAGGGCUCCUCCCCCCGCGUUGGGAUCAGAAUGGUAUGACCCGUACAGGCAGCUGGCCGGUGUGUGAACGCUUUUCACUCACUCCCAUCCAGCAGUGCUCAGCGGUGGGAGAGCGUAGUGGAGAACCCUGGAGAGAAAUGCAGCAGUCUGAGGGAAUGGAUUAAACACAGAGCAGACUAUCAGCACACUAUCAGCCCACUUUUACUGAGGGAGCGCUGGAAAAGAACCCGCCCAGAACUGCAGUUUAUCUACGUGAAGAAGAAGAAGAUACUACAGAUAACAGACAUGGAGUGCAAGGAGGAGAUCAGCGACUCGGACAGCGGGAUCAUCUUAAACUCUGGUCCGGACAGCCCGACGUCUCCAGUGAAGGAUCUGAGCAUUCACACCCGAGCCAUGAGGCUAAAACACCAAGCGCUGGAGGACAGACUGGAGCUGUGUCUCCUGGAGCUGAAGAAGCUCUGCAUCAGAGAGGCUGAGCUGACCGGAAAGCUGUCCUCUGACUUCCCUCUGCUGCCCGACGAGAAGCCUCCUCAGAUCAGGCGACGCAUUGGAGCAUCCUUCAAACUGGACGAGGAGCUGAUUGCUCAAGAUGGAGAGGAGUCGGAGCUGCACAUGCUGGAGGCUGAUCUAGCUCUGCAUCGGCAGAUAUAUGAGGCGGCCCGUAGGCUGUCCCUGGAGGAACACAUCAGCAAGCCGGUGAGGAAGAGCCGGCUGCAGCAGUGCAAGCGCGAGGAGAAGAAAGUGAAGGAACUGCAGGAAGCUGUGCUGAAGCACCGCAUCAACCACGGCUGCGUCUCGCCACAGACCUGCCGAUCUUCCAGACAGAGCGAUCUUGGCAUAUCCGAUGACAGCUCGCUGUCUGACGCUGCCGCACUUGAUGAUGAUUUAGAGUCAGCUCUGCUCUCUCCGACGACUCUGGAGCGUGAGGGCAGUUUCCUGCGCCCAGUCACCCUCACCCUUUCUCCCAGUCACAAAUCGAAGCAGGCCGGGUCCAGCUCCAGCCUGGAGUACGAGCGAUCGCCCAUCCAGAACACUCCAUGGAGGGAAUCCAGUCUAGAUCAGCCCUACCAGAAGAAUAAGAAGCUCCCGUCUGCCAGCAGCAGCAGGUCAAGCAGUCCAACCCCGUCUGAACAGAGACUGGAUGACAUUCCUCCUCCUCCCCAGUUUGUGUUUAAAAGCCUGGCAGUGCGCAACAAUAACUCCACCAGCGCCCCCUCCACCCCGGAGCUGCCACUACGCCGCCACGUCUCUCAGUCCUUCAGACUUCCCAGACCCAAACCUGACCUGAGCAAGCCCACCAAUGACCUGAACCGGGUUCGAACUAAGCUCCCUCGUCGGCGCGUCACUGAUUUUGCCCUGGCCUAUUCGGUCCAGCGUCUGUAUCAGUGCAGCUCAGAGGACAGCAGCUCAGAGCACUCCAUAUCCUCCUACAGCAGCUCAUCCAGCCGAGACUCCGCCCCCGAGACGGGCAAAGCCUGCCCGCCUCCGUAUGGCUACCACCGCACCCCCCAGAACAAAGCCCAGGGUCAGCGGGCCGCCCCCAACCUGCCCAAAAACAACCUGCUCCGGCCCGCAAACAACCAAUCACAGGGGAACAACCAAUUACAGGGGAACAACCAAUCACAGGGGAACAACCAGGAACGAAUGCCGCUGGAGGCUGAAAUAAGCAGGAUCAACCUUAACAAAACCUUACCUGCUGAUUCUGGCAACCAAAACAAGCCACAGCCAGCAGAGGCCACUUCACCUAAGCGGGUACUGAAGCCCCCUCCACCUCCGUACUCCAGGUUGGCCCGAGCCCCUUCACUGAAGGAGUACCCCAACCACCCCACCAGGCUGCUUCCUCGAGAUGUGGUGGCAAACGACCUCAAGACCUGGCAUCAGAAGAACAUCGCUGGAGAGAUGAAGCCUCAACCACUACAACGACAUGGGUCGAUGCGCGUAAAGCGUUCACCCAAUCAGGAGCCACCGCCAUACCACCAGCUCCAAACACUGAGACAGGUUUCCCAGAAAGUGAUCCUUCAGAGGGCUGCUGACGGGACUCCUCUGCAGUGGUAUGAAGAAGAGGGUUGUGAGAUUGUGAGUCAGGUUUAAUCACAGCCUGCUGGAAAACGCAAAAAAUAAGCAGCACAGACUCUCUUUUAGAGAUUUGAGACAUUGUUAUGUACACUUUAAGAAGUUUUUUAUACAUAUUGUUUUAUAGUUUGUUUGAUUGUUUGUCUAUUUAUUGAGCCAAUGGACUCUGAAACUGCCUGCUGGCAAAAACGAUUGAUUUUGACCAAGAUUUUAAACACAAAAAAUGAAGCUGAGCCAGAUUGAUGUGGCACAUCUUUUAUUUUUGACCACCUGCAGACUCUUUAAGAUCAUUCAAGAUUGAAAUUUGAGUCUGGGACCUACUUGUAAGGCACUAUGCCUUCUUUAUUAUUGUUGUUGUUGUUGUUAUUAUUAUUGCUGUAGUUGUAACUUUUAUCCGUGAAUAUUUUAUAGAUUGCUAUUUCAAAAUAUGCCCCAAGAAAACGACAUUUGUAAUAUUUGUGUCUGGUACACAGUUUUGCAUAAUGAAGGAAUUAUUAGUGUUUUAGAGCCCUGAUUAUUUAAUGUAAUACAUUAUUUUUAAGUUUAUGUAAUAUUUAUGUUUUUCUUUUAUAAAUAAUAAUUAUUAUUUUAAAUUAAUCUUUAAUAUUUUCUAACACUUUCAGAUGUUUUAAUAGACGCUGCUGGGCUGUUUGGAAUUAAAUCUGUUUUUCUAGACUUCCUGUUGGUCUUUAUACAAAUGCAGAUAGAUUGUUCUUUUUCAGCAGCAAAUAAUCAUUUUCUUAUAUUUGUUUACUAACCACUUAAUAUGUAUUUUAUGUUAUUUAUAAUAAAAUAAUAUAAACUGUC